GCGAACAGCAACAGGACUUUGAGAGCGACUCUGGGCGAUUCUAAUGUACACAGCUUGAAUCAAUUGUCUUUUUUUUUUUUCAAGUUAAUCUAUCAAUUACUGUAUAGCAUGUCGGCCCCAGCAGAGUCCGCGAAUGGCAGCGUCCCGCCUAGCGACGUCCCUGAACCCCCCGUGGAACAGCAGCCUACAGAACAGCCUGUCGCCCAGGCGCGGCAGAAACAGCAGGAGAUCGAACAUAGCCUGCCCCAGUCUGCGGCAGAUGGUGUGAUACAGAAGCCUUUUGCGUUACCGCUGGAGUCGGCGCGUCCCGUGGCUGCGGCGCCGCUGACGGCAAAGGAGCAGGCAGACUACGAGAGCGUGUUGAAGGCUGUCUCAGCGUGGACGACGGUGCCGACCACAUCAGCCAAGAACGCGCCCACCGAGCCCAUCACGGAUGAGGAGCGGAUGUUCCUGACGCGCGAAUGCCUGUUGCGGUACCUGCGGGCGACCAAGUGGAACGUCAAGGAGGCGGUGGAUCGACUACAGCGUACACUGACCUGGCGGCGGGAGUACGGGCUGUUGAAGCUGACACCCGAGUAUAUCUCGAUCGAGAACGAGACGGGGAAGCAGGUGAUUCUGGGCUACGAUAUCAAUGCGCGUCCGUGUUUGUACCUGCUGCCCAAGAACCAGAACACGGAGCGGAGCGACCGCCAACUGGAACACCUAGUGUUCAUGCUCGAGCGAGUGAUUGACCUGAUGGGGCCUGACCAGGAGACGCUGGCGUUGGUGGUCAACCUGAACGAGACCAAGUCUGGCCAGAACGCGUCCGUCAGCCAGGGAAAGCAGACCCUGCAUAUCUUGCAAAACCACUAUCCGGAGCGACUAGGCAGAGCAUUGGUCAUCAAUGUGCCGUUUAUGAUCUGGGGAUUCUUCAAGCUGAUCACCCCCUUCAUUGACCCGUUGACCCGGCAGAAACUGAAGUUCAAUGAAGACCUACGCCAACAUGUGCCUCCGGAGCAGCUGAUGAACGCUGCCGGCGGAGACGUCGAGUUCAAGUACGACCACUCGCAGUACUGGCCGGCACUCAACCAGCUCGCCGAGGCGCGGCGGACUGCAUACCGCGAGCGCUGGAUCCAGGGCGGCAAACGCAUCGGCGAACACGAAAACUACCUGAAAGGCGGACCUGAUGCGAGUCUUUCGGAGACGGAGCAGGGCGCCAGCGAUCUCGCGCAGAAGAUGGAGACUCUUGGGGUCGAUGCCCCCGAGGCUACAGUCACCGCGUAGCCUAUGAUCUCCCGAUACAUUCCUUCCCUUCUUUCGAGCCCUUCCAUGUCAUCUUAUUUUUCUCUUCUCCGAGUCUGUUUUUGAUACCGAUAGUGUUAUACGGUCAUUGUCAUAGCGCAGCAGAUAGAUUCCGAUGUAUUGUAUAUACAGUCAUAUAUUUAUAUAUAUAUAUAUCUAAAGAAAUCAACAGAGAUGGC